UGCGCAGAGCCGCUUCUCCCCCGCCCUCCUCCCACGUGGGUGGCGGCGAUGAUGGCGGCGGCGGCUCCGCGGCUCCGGCCGCUGCUCCGGGCCCUGAGGCUGCAGGCCCCGCGGGGGCCGCUGCUGCCCCACAGGCCCCUCCUGGCGCUGGGCCCCGCGGCCCGGGCCCUCAGCACCGCCGGCCCCCAGACACCGGCAGCCGCCCCGGAGAGCCCGGCCGUGGGUCCCGCCGCCGCCGUGGGGCCCGAGGCCGCCGCCGCGGGGCCCGGGGCCGCCGUGGGGCCGGACGCCGUGGGGCUGGAGGCCGCCGUGGGGCCGGACGCCGUGGGGCUGGAGGACCUGGGCCUGGGGGGCUACAGCCCCGUGGGGCUGGUGCAGAACCUGCUGCAGUUCCUGCACUUCGACGUGGGGCUGCCCUGGUGGGCGGCCAUCGCCCUCGGCACGGCGGGGGCCCGGGCGGCCCUGCUGCCCCUGGUGGUGGGGGCCCAGCGACAGGCCGCCCGCCUGGCCCCCCACCUGCCCCACCUCCAGCGCCUGGGCCAGCGCCUGCAGGAGGCCCGGCGCCUCGGCGACCCCCGGCAAGUGACACUGGCCUACACGGAGCUGGCGGCCUAUCAGAAGGCUCAUGACGUCAACCCGCUGCGGGGCUUCCUGGUGCCCCUGGUGCAGGCGCCGGUGUUCGUCUCCUUCUUCGUGGCGCUGCGGCGGAUGGCGGCGGUGCCGGCGCCCGGGUUCGGCUGCGGCGGCGUCGCCUGGUUCCCCGACCUGGCGGCCCCCGACCCCCUCGGCCUCCUGCCCCUCCUCGUCACCGCCUCCACCUGGCUCGUCCUCGAGCUGGGGGCGGAGACGGGGGUGUCGAGCCCGGGGGCGGGGCCAGCGCGGCAGCUGCUCCGCCUCCUGCCCCUCCUCUUCCUGCCAAUCAUCUUCCACUUCCCCACGGCGGUGCUGACCUACUGGCUGGCGUCCAACGUCUUCGGGGCGGUGCACGUGGGGCUGCUGCGGGUGCCGGGGGUGCGGGCCCGCCUCCGCCUGCCCCCCCCGCCCCCCCCCGCCCCCCCCGGCCCCGGCCUCCUCCACAGCCUCCGCAAGGGCUGGCGGGAGGCGCAGGCGGCCCAGCGGCGGGAGCAGCGCGACUGGCGGCUCCGCAACCACCUGGCCCUGGCCGCCAAGGGGCCGCUGCGCCAGACCUUCGCCCAGAACCCGCUGCAGCAGCCGGGGGGGCCGGCGCCCGCCCCCCCGCCGCCCCCCCGCCGCCCCUGGAAGGACACGCUCGGCUGACGGCCCCAAUAAAGCCCCGUUUCGCCCCAAAA